AUGAGUUUUAUUUGGAAGGGCGGUGAACUCCUGUGGGAUGUCGCGACAGGGGCAGACCGAUCGCGCAUUCUCCGGCAGCUUCCACCUGUUUUGGAAGGCGAUGUCACUCCUUCUCGGAAAGCACCCGCGGACUCGUCUCGAUCCGCGGCUAAUUUGAGUGCCACCGACACCAGCUUCCGGCCGGUAAACGAAGCCUGGCCUUCUGACAGCGAGGCAAGCGCCAGCGAGUCCACUGUUACUACAGCAAGCAUUGCAGAAUCCACAAAUGCUGUCACCGUAGCGAAGAACGUGAGACGGAUGACGGAGCCGAAUGUACAGCCCGCAGCGAAGAAGAGUCCUCGUAGCUAUGGUCUGGGCAAGAACACUUCAUCGAGGAAGCUGAGCAAAGCAUCUCCCGGAGCAGCCAGUUCAGGUGAUUUCAAAGCAGACACUCGCGUAGAUAGCUCAGAAGAGCAGUGGCUUGGUUUCUAUGUUCCAGACCACGGACCCAAUGUGUGGAAUGCAGGAUCGCCAACUCCACGGCAAUCCCAAGUUUCUUUGGCCACGCCUCCCCGCACAAAGCGUGCAUCCAUGGGCGAGCGGCCAGGCAAGCUGCAGAAGAGCCCGCAACCUUUGGCAGUCGAAGCCAGGAGCGAGUCCAGCCUUCGUGCAACCUCGCAGAAGGCUCGGCUUAGUGCCAGCAGUAAGCUGGAGAAGUUCCGUGUACAGAGGGGUGCUGCGCGGCAUUUGGCGACAGCAUUGGGUGAUGAUGCACGAGACGCCUUCCGAAGAGCACUGCUCCAAGGAACGCACCAGCCGCGGUGUGCCAAGCUGGGAUUCGUUGGCCCUGCCCGGGCUGGAAAAACCUCCACGCUGCAAGCGCUGGCAGGCCUACCUCUGAGGAGAGAUCAGGAAAGUACGCACGGCCUGGCCUGUUGGGCAUUGUCGCAGGAGCUGCUUUCUGCAGCCCCAGGGCAACGCUGGCAGCUGCAGGAGGCACAUGCCGUGACCAGCAGCUCGCGCUGGGAUCGGGGCGUUGCAAAGUAUGUAGCCGACCUUGUUAGACGACCCGGAAGUGCCACGUCGAGUUCGGCAAAGAUGGGAAAGCAAGCUCUGGAUGACAAAGUCAUGAAGCGUAUGCCAGUGGACUUGAUUGCAAGGCGUCUGGGUGAGACUGCAGCCAACGUGAACUCGUCUUCCGAAGACAAGGCUGUUGUCCUGGAGGCCUACGACUUUGGUGGACAGGAAGUAUACUAUGCCAUGCACCAUUUGUUUCUCAGCGACUAUGGAAUCUACUUGGCUUGUAUAGACCUUUCCGCAUUUAACCUUGCCGACGAUUCCGCAAACGAGGGGGAUGGAAUGAAGGAGAAAGAGUCCGAAGCCUCAAACACGUGGCAAGCAAUGGAGUGGUGGUUGGCUUCUAUUGCUGUCCACGCGCCAAACUCUCCAGUGGCCAUCGUUGGCACCCACAAUGAUUGCCUCUCGCAGAACUCGCGCAGGAGAGUUUAUGCAGAAGUCAAUGAGCGCAUAUCGGCUUUCUGUGCCAAACUGCCCGAGCUCAAUGAGCAACUGCAGAUCAAUGAGCAGACUCAGCUUUGCUUCUUCCCUGUUGACAAUGCCUGCACAGAUGGGGGGAGAUCGCUGGCCGAUCUUCGUGAAGCAAUAGAGAACAUGACAGCAAAGCUGUUGCAAGGACCGCUUGGCACGCCUAUUCCGCUUCGUUGGAGUCACUUCUGGGCUGUACUUCAGCGAACUGGCGGCAAUGGCAACCUUGGACCGCUGACACGUGUCGAAGAGCUUUGGCAGCGCUGCCGACGGUAUGGCUUCGAGUCACAGGGUGAACUGCAAAAUUUUCUGCGUCAUUUUCAUGGUCUGGGUGCUUUGCUCCACUUCCCUGACUCAGUGUUUGAAGAGUUACGCGACUUGAUCUGCUUAAAGCCUGGUUGGGUUGGCGAUGCAGCGGCUGCUGUUCUCACUGCAAAGGACAAGGUGUUCCAAGGUUGUGUCAAUCAUGUGGCCGAGCUCAAAGAGAAAGGCCUCAUCCAUGUACAGCUUUUGGCUGCCGUUUGGCGGGCCAGGCACUUUGCCAAGCAUCAAGCUGAGCUGAUCGGGCUGCUGCAGGCUUUGGAUUUGCUUCUUGCAUGGGGCGACAAACAAAAUCCACUGCAACAGCAGAUCGUAUUCUUGGUGCCCUCACAACUGCCAAUGCGGCCGUUGCGUGAGCGCGAGGGCGACGAGAAAGAGGAUGGAUGUGUGCUUUAUUUAGACUUCCACGGCCUUCUCCGCCGGCUUUUGCCGACUCUCAUCCCGCGAUUGCUCUGCAGCUUAAGCAAGGUCGAGUCUGGUGUGCAGAUCUUGUCGGUGUACGCAAACUUUGCAACGUUUGCAGUGUCCACGCAGGGCCAAGCCCAGGGCGAUUCCUUGCGAUGCUCUGGGCACUGGCGACCCCGAGAGAUUCUCCUGGUGUCUGUGCAGCCGUGUGGCAACCUUUUGCGCUGCUCCCUUCGCCCGCGUCGCUCCGAGGUGCCUGCAAGGCAGUCCUGGCGUCAUGUGGAACGAUUGCUCCACAACUUCCGAGAAGCAAUCACAGCUUGGAUGCCGAGGAUCAGCUUUCGUGCUGGGAUUCGAUGUCCUGCCUGCACUGCCGGCCACACCCAUGUGCUUGACCUGCACGGCGUGCUGCGCGAGGAAGACCUCGCUGUUUGCCCCAGAUCUGGCGACCUGGUUGAAGACUUGCCUCCUUGGCUCCUGGAGUGGCGGCAACAUCAUUUGCAACGUGCAAGGCCAGGCUCACCACGAUGUGUUCCGCCAUUAGAGGAAGAUGCCGGCACAAGGACUGCGUCGAAAGGACAAGAGGCGAUCAAGCCUGGAGAGGAGCGAGCCGGUCAGGCAGCCGGGCUACACCUCGACUACCUUUAUGCUUCUCCGCUGGAUGUUGCUCCCCUGGAUAUCCGAGCCGAGAUUGAAGCCCUGGCCACAAUGCCAGGGGUGGAGGUCCUCUCAGUUCGUACAGCCACAACGGAGACCUUGGCAGAAGUCUGGAGGACUGAACGUCCUUCCUCCGCCCCGCGUGUGCUUGUGCUGGCGGCACACUGUGCCGUCGAGAAGGCGCAGCCGGCGUUGCUGUUGGAGGAUGCCGUGGGUCACGCCCAUGUAGUUGAUAUCCGGGAUUUGGAUGAGCUGCUCGCGCUGAAUGGUCCUGAUUUAGCAGCAGGCGACUCAUCAAGCCUUCCUGCAGACAAUUUCGACGUGGUGAUUGUGGAUGCCUGUCACUCCGAGUCGCUGGCUCAGCGUUUCGUUGCUUCUGGCGCCAGCUGCGCGAUAGCAUGCUCCGGCGAAGUCUUCGAUGCCGCAGCUCGCGAGUUUCUCCGGAUCUUCUUGCGCUCGCUGGCUGCUGCUGUCCCAAAGUCAGCCCACCCUGUGACAGGACUAGCUCGGGCUUCUUUCGCAGCAGCCCAACGCGCCGUGCGCUUGUCGCCUCAACCUGGUCUGCGAUCCGAGGCCGAACACUUCCGAUUCUUUCCAGCAAAGCUUGCGCCCGGGCCGGAUGUGCCGCUGUCGCGCUAUUCCUCGACGAUGCCCCGCUUUGCAGGGUUGGAUGGGCAUGAUCUCCCUGCGCCUGUGGAAGACUUUGUGGGACGAGGUUCUACCAUGGCAGCUGUGGCCAGUGCCUUUCUGGGUCAUCGCCGCGUGGUGUGGCUUCACGGCAAGGCCGGCAUUGGCAAGUCUGCAUUCAUCUCCGAGUUCUGCCGCUUCUACGGGCUGCCUGGUGACAGGCUCUUCUCGCCGAGCGCUGUCCGGCUCUGCCGCAGCCGAGAGCUGCCGUCAGAGGCAGAGGCUGCUGCCGGAGGCCCUGCAACCUGCAGUCGAAAAGCUGUGCGGGUGCGGCUGUCUGGCUUGGGGCCACUGGCAGCAAUCGCCAAGCUUCGUGAAUCUUUGACAGGGAGUCGUUGCGCCUUUCUGGCUCUCGAUGGAGUGGAGCAGAGCUUUGGAGCUUCAGAGCCAGCCGUUGCCGAGUUGUGGGCCUUCUUGGAAGAGUGCCUGGUGGAGAGCCCUGGACUGCGCGUCCUACUUGCCUCCCAGCGCCCGCGCUACGACGCGCCGCUCUCGAGGAAGGUGGUUGCGGUGGAGCUUCCGCCAUUGAGUCGUGAGGAUGCCUGCUUGCUGCUAGCGCGGCGUUCUCACCGUCCUCUAUACCCACGAGAUUUGGACGGACCAUCUUGCCGCAAUGCUGUGGGCGACUUGCCCCUUGCUCUGUCCGGCCGCCGGCGCGAGUUCCUCCAACGACUGGCGGAACAUCCACUGGUGGCAAAGAUGGGUAAUACACCCGCAGAGGUCAUUGCAGCAGCGGGGCAGAUCAAUCCGCAACUCCCAUCGCUUUUUCAACACCCACUGCUCCAGGACUCUCCGAAUGCGAAGCCUGGCGAGCUCAGUGGUGAUCCUUCUUCACCUUCAGCAUCGACAUGA